GCGAAACCCACACAGGCCUUGAUGACCUGCGUCAACCCUGGGGUAAUGGAUGCGAUUAGAGAGGCAUGGGACACCGAACGUUUUCCCCAUUUCUUCGAAAUGCUUUGUUUUAGCGAUCUCGCCGUCCUUGCGGGUGCCUGGGAGCGUAGUAGACAGGAAUUCGACGACGAGCUGAGGACUCUGUGCAAACGACUGGAGCUGAGGAAACAGGAAUACACUAGGGAAUGCAGAAAAUUAGCGGGUAGAUCGGCGAGGGUAGAGCGAAUCUUUCUUCGGAUUUGGGGUGUCGAUGACUCACACUUGGAAGGGCGGAUCCCAAAAACACGGGAACGGGCUUCACCCAACACAGGGGACGCUCGGGUUACGAGAUGCGAUGAUUUAGCAAUCGAAACUGAGGAAAGGGAGGAGAUGGAGCGGGCGAUUGCCGCCAUCGCCAACACCAUCAGGGACUCCCCCCUCACGAGCGACCGGGCUGAGGACAGCGCCUUGGAACGGGACAGAUACACUGUGUUUGCCCCCCUUGCAUCAGCAUACUGGGUAGAGCACACCUCCACCGGAUUCCGACACGCCAUCUGGAAAAUGGAAACCUUCAACCACGUUGCUCCAAUUUCCAUUAGGGCGCUUCAGUUUCUGGGCAACAUCACGGAUGCACAUGUCAAGGAAUGCAAGACUCAGAUGAUCACCAUGCCAACAGGACGAAGGUCUUGGAGGAGGCAGAAGUCGGACUGUGACGUCUUCCUGCAUUUGAAGUACACCAGCAGGGUAAUGGAACCUCUUUCCAUUAGGAAGAUGAUCAAUGAGACCCUCGCAAGGAUAAUCGGCGAUGACACGGCGACGUGGCUGGAGCGCAUGAUGAUCGAAUGGACUUAUAACGCUAGCAUCGCGUCCAGACUGUGCAAACCUGUGGAAGUGUUCUGCGAUUUCAAUGUGGCGCAAUGGAUGGAGAUCUAUGACCCAGAACAGUGCCCUUGCAGAACUCGCAGAUACGCGGAUAUGCGCAGCCCUGCCUCGCUGAAUCUACUCCAAUCCGAAGGGCACACGCACGUGAUCACAAUCGACUCAUCAGUCACGGACAACCCUUUAAUGCAAGGGAUCAUGAACUCGGGACUCAACCAUAUCCCCUGCAUGGCUCUGGAUAUCGAUGUAGCGGAGAGCGAGGUGGGCGAAUUCCUGGAUCGGCUUAUGGCGAGAGUAAUGGAACUGCAGGAACUUACAGCGUCCACACGGUCGUUUCUGCGAAGGGUAAUCCUGAAGAAGGCGAGGGCGAAGAUGUCCAGGUACAAGGAGCAGCAUAGGCACGUGCCUGCGGAACCUUUCGAGAGAGAACUGGAGUUUCUCACUGGGCGUUUCCUCAUAUGCCCUACCGACAAGGCGCCUAACACUCCGGUGUUCGUCUGUAAGAACUUCAUUCGCAAGCUCGCCUUCCAAAGACUAUCCGGACCUGAAUUCGCAAGCAUCGCAGCCCCCCCUGCCGCGGUGGUUGCGCAGAUACAAGAACUAUGUGCAAAUCUGCCAGAGAGGAUUUUCUCUGUGUUCACGGCGGACAUCACCAAAUGCUUCGAGACGAUCCCCACGGACAACUCGGAGGACGGAUUACCUGCGGCGGUGAGAUUCUACGUGCAAAGUGCAAUGCAGGUGAGAAGGGAGAGAAGCUCGUGCCAUACUAUUCAGAUUAGGGUGGGGGACGGCGGCAAACUCUGGCCCUCAUGGGUGAGUGACAGACAAAUCGAGGGAAUGGGCACAAUGCUGUUUGGGGAGAAGGACAUCUGCUGGCUUUCUGACUGGUGCAUCGCUGAUAGCGUGCUGCGAAUGGGGGACUAUGUAUGGAGACAGGUCAGAGGGAUCCCAAUGGGCUUGGCAUGUUCUCCUAUCUGGUGUGAUAUAUACUUUUUUAAGUAUGCUAUGAUGAGGUUGGCGGACACAGGGAACGCGCAUCUCAUCCCAUACUUCUCUGACACUUUCAGUUAUGUCGACGACCUGGGGGCAAUCAACAACACCAUCAUCAGGGAUUUUAUGAAGAAGGAAGGAAGGGAGGCUGAUGACCCCUGUUGGAUCUAUCCUGCGGAGUACAUCGAAUUGAAGGAGAACACGGAGGUGAUCGUGGACGGGGGCGGAUGCAAGGCCAAUUUUCUCAGCAUGACCAUUACGAUCACCUCCCCGGAAGCAGGCACUUUCAUCACCUCGAAACAUGACAAGCGGGAGGGGUUGGGGUUCACCCCCUGCAGGUACGUCAAGUACAGAUCCAACCGGUACACCAAGCAGGCGUUGCAGGUCGUCACAGCCCAAGUCGCGCAGAUACUGCUACUCUGCUCUGAGCCACAUGACGCUGCAUCGGAGAUCAACAAGGUGGUGACUACAAUGAUGGGCAAUGGUUUCGCCAAGGAUGCUUGCUGAGGGGUGGUCAGGAAGACCUUACGGAAUGCUCAUCGCUACCAACCUGGCUUAGUUUCUGUGCA